UUAAUUAUUACAUGAACCCAUAUCAAAGGCAGAUUAAAUGUAGAUGCUGCACAAACAAUUAAAAUUAAAUGAGUCUCUAUGACGAGAUUUUGAACUGUAAAAAAAAAAUAAAUAAAUAAAAAUAGAAUAAAAUAAAAAAGUCAAAACUUCUGGAUGGAUUCAAACUAAAAUGUGAUUACGCGUGUUAUUCCUUGACGAUGGAUUGUUAUUCAGACAGUUCGUGGGUUUUAUUUAUUUAUUUAUUCAUUUAUGCGCCUUGGAAUAAUAAUCAGCCUCCCGUGCGCAAUAAUCAGCUCCUGAGCAGUGAUUCAGAUGAAAAUCAGAGGUAGGAGGACACUCGUGUUUGGUGUCCGCCCCUCUCUGAGAAGUAAAGAGUUAACGGAGCGGUGGGUUUGCCCAUUCUCCUGCUGUGAGUGACGCGAUCAUCUCUCUUAUCCCUCAACUUUGCCUGUUGCCAGACCAGGCAGCCGAGGUGGACGCUGGCUAUCACCGCUGACAUUCUGAACGCGAUCACAAAAAAAAAAAAAAAAAAAAAAGCAAAGGGAAGGAAAAAAACAAAUCACGUUCAUCCCACCUUAUUUAUUCACUGUCCCGCCGACUUCCCGUUUGCAGGCUGCUAAUCCGUAACGAUGAUUUUUAGUUUUUCUUUCCAUCGGACUCCCCGUCUACUAUACGAAGGCGUAAAUCUUUUUUGAGUAGAGGUGGAUCUUCCCGGAUACGACGAAGGAGUAGCUACAUGAAAUAAAAAAAGACAGAGAAGACUUUCGCGGAAAUCCUCACAAAUAAAAGAUUUUUUUUAAAAAAAAAUGCCACGGAGGAAACAAGAAGCGCCCAAGCGCGCAGCAGCCUAUUCUCCCGAGGAGCUGACAGAGCACACUGUGGAGGAUGAAGAAGCAGAAGCAGAUAAACGGCCCUCGGCACCCCAGGAUGACCUUUCCAUGAAAGAUGAGUUUGUGGAGCAAAGCGUAGGGACUGCCAAAGAGCAGGCAUGUGACCAGGAAUCAGCUGAGGCCACAGAGCUCUCAGGACAAGAGAUGGACAGUGAGUCACAUGUGAGUGAAACUAGUGACCGCCUCUCGGACUUUGAGAGCCCCUCUAGAAAAGUCGAGGGCAAUUUGGUCACAGCAUCUCUGAAUGCUGGCACUAAGACACCUCCCAUAGGCAUGGACACCUUAGAACAAAUGAAGGCUAUCUACUCCAGCUUCCUAACUAGCCCUUUGUGGUCACCUCUGAACUUUAAUUCCGCACCUCUACAAACACAGUCUGCGGCUUCUUCUACAGAGAAGCCAGCUCGCAGCAACAGCACUAGUAGCAGUAGUAGCUGCAGCAGCGGUAGCUAUGACUGGCACCAGUCUGCAGUGGCAAAGACACUACAACAGCAUCCUACUCAGAGCCGUCACACUGCUCAGUCUGAGCCCAGCCUCUUUAGUACAGUCCAACUCCACAGGCAAAACCCAAAGCUGUUUGGAUCAAUCUUCACUGGGGCCAGUAAAUUCCGCUGUAAGGGCUGUAGCGCAGCUUACGACACCCUAGUGGAGCUGACAGUUCACAUGAAUGAUACAGGCCACUACCGUGAUGACAACCAGGACAAGGCAGGCAGCGGUGCAAAGCGCUGGUCCAAACCACGAAAGCGGUCCCUGUUGGAGAUGGAGGGGAAGGAGGACGCACAGAAAGUUUUGAAGUGCAUGUAUUGUGGCCACUCGUUUGAAUCCCUCCAGGACCUCAGUGUCCACAUGAUCAAAACCAAACACUACCAGAAAGUGCCUCUGAAGGAGCCCAUGGCCCCCGUGGCAGCCAAAAUCAUGUCUUCUAAGAAACGGGGACUUGUGGGGUUGGACCUCACUGCUGCUCCACGCUCUAGAGAAGGAACCCCAAAAGCUAAGCACCCACAGACCGACCUGAGCGAACACUCGCAGAAACCUUCCUCCAGCCCCUACAGCACCCCAAAUAGCCGCUACAACCACCAGAAUGGUGCAAGCUAUGCCUGGCAGUUUGAAUCCAACAAAUUCCAGAUCCUUAAGUGUAUGGAGUGUGGGAGUUCCCAUAACACACUCCAGGAGCUGAGGACCCACAUGAUGGUGACUGGACACUUCCUGAGAGUGACGAGCUCUGUAGGAAAGAGAAUCAAGACGCUUCCUGAGGCCACCUCCCCCAAUCCUGGCAGAGUUACCACACCUCCUGAACAGAGGGUCCAGUCUGUACCACUGGCACCGUCCGCGUUCUCUCCUCCACCUCCUCAAACUACCACAACUCCUCCUGCCAACUCCCCUCCUCUGAAAGAGAUAAAGAAGGAGGAGGUGGAGGAGGAGUGCACUAAGCAAGAGACUUUUGGAAAAGAGAAGGAGGUUGCGGUUACCGUUAGUAAGGAGGAAGAAACAGAAAGGGAGGAAAAAUAUGACAUUUCAAAGUAUAGCUAUCUUACUGAAGAGGAUCUGAAGGAGAGUCCUAAAGGUGGGUUAGAUAUUCUGAAAUCACUGGAAAACACUGUCACAUCAGCCAUUAAUAAGGCCCAGAGCGGGAAUCCGAGCUGGGGGGGCUACCCUAGCAUCCAUGCAGCCUACCAAUUCCCCAGUGCCCUGAAGCUCCAGCAAGGCAGCAUGGAGAAGAACUCCCAGAUGAAGUACUUGUUCAAUGGUGGGGACAUGGCGCUGUCCUCCCUCGCCAAGAACCAGCCCCUCGUUUCCCCACCACUUAGUCAGUCAUCCCCCUUUCCCAGCAACAACUUUCAAGCUAUGGAGGAUUUAGUGAAAAAAGUGACUGAAAAAGUAGCAAAGGUAGAGCAACGGGUUAAGCAACUGUCUCCAAAGAGGGAGAACCAGCUCUCACCCUGUAGUAGUGAGGCUGGAGAUUCUCACAAGGGAGGAGAGGCUGAUUCACCUCGGGAAUGGCGGGAAGUCACCCCAGCCAAUAGCGACAAGGGAAGCCAUAGCGACAGAGCAUCCCCGGCAACAGAGCCCAAGAGAGAAACGGCAGUCAAAUCCCCACUUGCCUCCACACUGAGAUGCAGUACUGCCAUUAUCACUGGUCAUACUCCUCCUGAGCAGCCCUUUGUCAACCCUCUAAGUGCGCUUCAGUCAGUAAUGAACAUUCAUUUGGGGAAAGCUGCCAAGCCGUCAUUGCCAAACCAAGAUCCCUUGAGUUUGCUCUCAAAGCUCAGCCAGAGCAUGGCCGAGAAAGCCGCUGUGGCCACCCCUCCAUCACAGACCAAAAGUGUAGCUGACAAUAGCUUCUGCCAGCCCAGCGAUGACCAACCUAUGGACCUUACAAAAGGGAAAAGUGAUAGAGGAGGUUCCGUGGGCCCAGCCCCCCUAACACCCUCAUCGACGGGCUCCUCAAUCUCCCCCAUCUCUGUUGUUACGCCUGCAAAAUUAACAGUGGUCUCUCCCUACACAUCCACCAGCCCUCUACACGAAAAUGCAUUGUCGGAUAUCUCAGACAUGCUGAGAAACUUGACACAGUCCCACCAUGUCACAAAGCCUACUUCACGAUCCCGGGUCACAGAUAAAACUGAGGUGGUAGGCUCCACCCAUGACGACGAGGACACAUCCCUGCACGGGCACAAGCGCAAGGGCCGGCACUCCAACUGGAACCCACAGCACCUCCUCCUUCUGCAGGCCCAGUUUGCCUCAAGCCUGAGGCAGACGUCGGAGGGGAAGUACAUCAUCAAUGACCUCAGCCCGCAGGAAAGAAUGCACGUGUCUCGUUUCACGGGUCUCUCCAUGACCACCAUCAGCCACUGGCUGGCUAAUGUCAAGUACCAACUUAGGAGAACAGGCAGAACCAAGUUCCUCAAGAACCUGGACUCCGGUCAGCCCACAUUCUUCUGUAGUGACUGUUCCUCACAGAUCAGAACUCCAGCAGCUUAUGUAUGCCACCUGGAAGCCCACCUGGGGUUCAGAAUCAGGGAUCUGGCCAAGCUGUCCUCCAAACAGACUGCCAGGGACUCCCACACUCUCACUGAGAAACUAGUGCCCAUGGAGUCCUUCCUUACACCACAAUCACAAGAUGACUGCAGUAGUAAUGGGACAGUGUACCGCUGCCAGCUCUGUGUCCGGAAGUUUGCCACAAAGCAUGCCAUCAAGCUCCACCUCAGCAAGAGCCAUGGGAAGUCUCCGGAGGACCAUUUGCUAUACUUGUGUGAACUAGAGAAACAUUAAAUGGCUCUUUUACAGUAGAUAUACUGGAAAACAUAUGUAGAACUGACUGUUAAAAACAAAAGAUAAAAACGGAAUAUUUGAAAUAUGUGUGUGACGAUGCACAAAAUGCCAUAAACUACUGUUUAAAAAAAAAAUGUCAGCACAAGGUGUUAGUACACCUGUACAUCUAUUCGGCCUAUAAGCAUUUCUGAUUUCUCUGUAUUUCAAAAGACAUUUAUUUCACAUCAAAAUAUACUGUAGGUCAAAGAUAUUCAGUCUGCUUUCACUUUGGUGAGACAACACAAGACUAAUGGAAGUACUUUUUUUGACUAGAAGUUUGGCUUUUAACUUGAAAUGUAUUAACUUUAUUGUAUUUAUUUUAUUUUUUAUUUUUGUGAGUUUGGUUUGAUUUGCUGGUAGACUGCAUGUUUUACUGUUACGUUUGUACAGUCCUGUCCUGUCUUGUCCCGAUUUUAAAAUGCCCUCUUUCAAACUGGUCAUUUUUUUUAACACCUUAAAACAGCCAAACGCCUGGUAACGCUCCUUAAAAGAGUCUGCCAGACAGCAGAACUUCAUUGCUUGUUUUUUAUAGUUUUCUCUGUACAGCCUAUUGAUUUCCUUGCUGAUUGUAAAAGCUGCCUUGUUCUUUAUCAUUGAGUGAGGGGCACUUUAAAUCCAGGUCUGUGUAAAAAAACAAAAAAAACAAAAAAGAAAAAGAAAAAAAGAAAAAGUGUACAUACCGUGUGUAAGCUUACAAUUUGCUGUUUAAAUUAUGCAUACUUGUUAUAUUUCCUAAUUUAAGAGGACUAUGACUAUCCACUGGUGCAGAGCCUUUGAAGAAGAUUAAAAGGACACUGUUUUGCACAAUAGUUUUAUAAAUGUUAUUUGAUAAAAAAAAAAAAAAUAGAACAAUACAGAUAUGUUAAUGCCUUGUGCUUCUAUGAUUAAAUUGAAUUAACUGCUGCAUAAAA